GUUUCCUUGGGCCAGGAGCCCGGACACACAGGACUGACCCUCCCCCCACUCCCACUUCAACGUCCAAAGUCGGGACACCUUCCUACUACCUGUAGAGAAGAGGGAGUGGAUUUGAAAUCAAGUCGAUUUCGAAUCUGGGGUCCCUAGACAGAGCCGGACUUCGGACGCUGUGUCCUGCUACUCCUGCUGGGGCUCCUCCAGAUGUCAUGGAGCUGGGUCUGUCUCCACCUCAUCCCAGCAGCUCCCCAGAAGACCUGUACCUGGCCCCUGGCACCCCUCCUGGGACUCCCCCACCUCCUGACACCCCUCUGCCUGGGGAGGUGAAGAGGUCCCAGCCUCUGCCCAUUCCAAACAGCAGGAAACUUCUUCGAGAGGAGGAGCUGCGGGCAAGCUCUCUACCCUCCAUUCCCAACCCCUUCCCUGAGCUCUGCAGUCCUCCUUCACAGACCCCCAUUCUCGGGGGAUCCUGCAGUGCAAGGGGGCUGCUCUCCCGAGACGCCAGCCGCCCGCAUGUAGUAAAGGUGUACAGCGAAGAUGGGGCCUGCCGGUCGGUGGAGGUGGCGGCGGGUGCCACGGCUCGCUACGUGUCCGAAAUGCUGGUGCAGCGAGCUCAUGCCCUGAGUGAUGAGAACUGGGGGCUGGUGGAGUGCCACCCCCAUCUAGCGCUGGAGCGGGGCUUGGAGGACCAUGAGUCGGUGGUGGAAGUGCAGGCCGCCUGGCCCAUUGGCGGAGAUAGCCGCUUCGUCUUCCGGAAAAACUUCGCCAAGUAUGAACUGUUCAAGAGCUCCCCACACUCCCUGUUCCCAGAGAAGAUGGUCUCCAGCUGUCUUGAUGCCCACACGGGCAUAUCCCACGAAGACCUCAUCCAGAACUUCCUGAAUGCAGGCAGCUGCCCAGAGAUCCAGGGCUUUCUGCAGCUGCGGGGGUCAGGACGUAAGCUUUGGAAGCGCUUCUUCUGCUUCUUGCGCCGGUCUGGGCUCUAUUACUCCACCAAGGGCACCUCCAAGGAUCCUAGGCACCUGCAGUACGUAGCAGACGUGAACGAGUCCAACGCGUAUGUGGUGACCCAGGGCCGCAAGCUCUACGGGAUGCCCACAGACUUCGGCUUCUGUAUCAAGCCGAACAAGCUUCGAAAUGGCCACAAGGGGCUUCGCAUCUUCUGCAGUGAGGAUGAGCAGAGCCGCACCUGCUGGUUAGCCGCCUUCCGCCUCUUUAAGUAUGGCGUGCAGCUGUAUAAGAAUUAUCAGCAGGCACAGUCUCGCCACCUGCGCCCAUCCUGUGUGGGUUCCCCACCCUUGAGAAGUGUUUCGGAUAACACCCUGGUGGCCAUGGACUUCUCCGGCCAUGCUGGACGUGUCAUUGAGAACCCCCGGGAAGCUCUGAGUGCAGCCCUGGAGGAGGCCCAGGCCUGGAGGAAGAAGACGAACCACCGUCUCAGCCUGCCCACCCCAUGCUCAGGCGCAAGCCUCAGUGCAGCCAUCCACCGCACCCAACCGUGGUUCCAUGGACGCAUUUCCCGUGAGGAGAGCCAGCGGCUCAUCGGGCAGCAGGGCCUGGUAGACGGCCUGUUCCUGGUCCGAGAGAGUCAGCGGAACCCACAGGGCUUUGUCCUCUCUUUGUGCCACCUGCAGAAAGUCAAACAUUAUCUUAUCCUGCCGAGCGAGGAGGAGGGCCGCCUUUACUUCAGCAUGGACGAUGGCCAGACUCGCUUCACUGACCUGCUGCAGCUCGUGGAGUUCCACCAGCUGAACCGCGGCAUCCUGCCAUGCUUGCUGCGUCACUGCUGCACCCGCGUGGCCCUCUGACCGCCGCACAAGCAGGCACGGUCUCAGCCAGCUCCAGGCUGCCCACCACCCCCUCCACUCGCAGGGUGGACUUGGAGGGGACAGAAGGUGGGGACAGGAUCGUGAACAAUUGGAGGGCUCCCUCACUCCAGUUUUCUCCUCUGCUCCUUUUCCUCCCUCAGGCAGAAAGUGCUCCCCACCAGUCCACCCUCAACCCCUCUCUUCAAGGGAAGGUACUUGUGUUGGCCCUCUCCCCUUUGUGGAGCUCCAGGGCACUGCUCUGGGGCAGGGCAUUAUGGGAGAAAUGGGGGCAGCCCAGGUGGUCUUACACCCCACACUUUGUACAGACUGAGAGGCCAGUUGAUCUGCUCUGUUUUAUACUAGUGACAAUAAAGAUUAUUUUUUGGUACA